UGAAUCCUGCCUGCCGAAGCAAACUGCUCGAAUGGGCAAAUUAAGAGCGCGCUGUCUGACUGGGACCUUAUCGAGAGCCGUUCAGUUUGUGAAGUCAGCUGGUGUGGAACGCAGUGACUGGUAGUUGAGGGGUAAAAACUGUUCCACGGGCCGUACGGUCGUCCGCAACUAGUCCGAAUCAGCUUUCCAACGAGCGCAAUGGUACAGUGCCAGUGAGGAAGUAAUCGUGUACUUGCGGCAGCAUACGUUCCGGUUCCUGUCCUCAUUCCGUAGUGUGAGCGCAAACCUAACGCAACCGUGUAAUGGUGAUGCGUAUUUUGAUUUCGGCCCGGUUCCAUCUGCCACCCACCAGAUCGUCCACUGCGUGGCUUCUACUACUGCUGGUGGUGGCCACCGUCGACCUCGGUACCGGGCCUUGGCUCGGUCAGGUGGACGGCGGUGCGGUCGGAUUGCGGGAAAAACUGAGUGUCUACGAGCAGCGGCUGUACAAACGGCAGAUCGAAGAAAGUGAAAACAGUGGCCUGUACGAUGCGACCGAUUCCGUCAUUUCGCUGACUGCGGCCAACCUGAAACAGCAGGUGUUUAACCAGCCCCAUGCCUCGCUGGUCGAGUUUUACAACUCCUACUGUGGUUUUUGCCGCCGGUUCGCACCGAUCUGGAAGCAGCUGGCCACGGACAUUCUCGGCUGGCAGAAGCUGGUUCGCGUGACGGCGCUGGACUGCUCCCGGGAUGAAAACAAUGCCGUCUGCCGGGAGUUCGAAGUAAUGGCGUAUCCGACGAUUCGAUUCUUUUCACCUUACUAUGCGGAUGGCGAACAGAAUAUAGGACAACCAGUGAAAGAGCACGAUGGACAACGCAUUAUCGAUCGGUUGGUCGAAUACAUGCUGCACGUCGAGAACAAACCGAACAACUGGCCCAACUUUACGGCCAUCAAUCGUACGGACGAUAAAGCGACCCUGUUUGAAGUCACCUCCCUCGGUGCUAGUAGACCAAAGUACGUUUAUCUGAUUACCGAGAAGGACUCGAUCGCGACGACCGGUUUGCAGGUGAUCCUCGAUUUCCACGAUACACCAGACGUCGUUGUUUACCGGGUGCACGAUCCAACCCUAACCACGAACGGUCUCUCGGUGGUGGAUGGUUCCUCACUGAGUGUCAUCAACCUACCGAUUGACGAAUUUUCCCGGGAGAAAGUUCGCGAAGCGAUACGAUCACACCUGCGCCAGCAUAACAUCAUCGUGACGGACGUGUCGACAAAGUCGACAAAAAAAGCCGGAGAGGGUGCAGCUGGUACGACCGAACAGAACAUAUCGGCUCUGAUGGAACAAAAGCAGGAAGCUGCAAUACGAGCUAAGGUAAAGGAACUUGGUGCGGCCGUUGUUUAUCAGGCAGAUUUGGAAGAGGCGAUACGGUUUGCGCUCUUCCAUGAGAUUGGACGGUUCCGAACGAUCGAGGGUGAGCGGUUGGUGGCGUUGCAAAACUUCCUAAACGUGCUCGUGCGCUACUUUCCUUUCAACGAUAAUGGCCGACGGUUCCUUACGGAACUACGCCAGUACGUACUAAACAACGGCGAGGAACGACUCGAUGGGGAAGCAUUUGUGGCGCGUGUAAAAUCGCUCGAAACCGAGCGAAAGCCGGUGUUUUCCUCCAAUCAUUGGAUUGGUUGUUCCGGCUCGAAAGAAGGGUUGCGACGCUAUCCGUGCGGUUUGUGGACACUGUUUCACUAUCUAACGGUACAGGCCGCCGAGAGUGAUCAGUCCAACAACCCACUGGAAGUGUUGGAUGCGAUGCAUGGUUACAUUAAGCACUAUUUCGGGUGCUCUGAGUGCUCGCAGCACUUCCAGCAGAUGGCCGAUCGAAAUCGUAUCUGGCAGGUGGGUACGAAGGAUGAUGCCGUACUGUGGCUUUGGUCAAGUCACAAUGAAGUGAAUAAGCGUCUUGCGGGCGAUGCGACCCAGGAUCCGGAACAUCCAAAAGUACAAUUCCCAACCACUAGUGAUUGUACGCAGUGUAGACGCAAGAUCUUAACCAACCACCACAACCACCAGCAGUACACUAUGGAAGACGGUAACGAGUGGAACCUGACGGAGGUGCUGCUCUACCUUAAGCACAUGUACGCGUACGAUCGACGCCAUUUGUUCGGUCUGCAUGAUAGCAGCCUCGCACCGCAGGGUUCGGAAGGUCGAUCAGAAUGGAGUGGCGCUGCCGCAUCUGGUGCCCAAACAAGCUACCACUCGUACGGUAAUGUGCUCAGUGACAUCGACAUCCGCUUCAGUGCGCUGUUGUACGUAACCUGCAUCGUGAUGAUUGUGAUUGCCAUCAAGAUGGUUGUGAAACGAGGCUAUCGGAAGAAGAUGUACCCACACGAUAUCCUGGGUAAGGUGUAAAAAUUAGCUAGAAAGGAAACCCAAGACAUCAAUCCCCUUUUCUGCACAACAUUCCGAAGCUACUCAUGCAAAAUGCUCUGACUUGGAAGAGGGUGUUAUGGUUAAACUAUUCCACAGAUCCUCGGACUUCGAGGACUAGUACUGAUGAUGAUUUCACGAAUUCUAUUUUAUCCUUGCCAAACGCCUGGAAAAGAAGGGUGUAUAAUGGACGCAGCUGAACCGCCUAAAAGCCAUCUAGUUCAAAAGGAGCUAACAGACCCUUUACGCUCCACUUUUUAUUCUGACGUGCUCGUCUCCCGUCACGGGUGAAGUUACAGUUAUCAUAGAUAAAUAUAUCCUCAUAAAA